GAGGCCACAUGCCCUGGGCAAGCAUGUGGCCAUGGCAGGCCAUGCCCUGGCAGGCCAGGGUGCUGCUCUGUGUCAGAGGUGAUGCAGGAGAUGGGAUUGUCCAUCCUGCUGUUGGAAGAGGAGCUGGGAUGAGGCCAUGUUCCAUCACUGGUGACACUGGGUGCCACUGGCCAAGGCAAGGGUGGAGCUUGGAGGAGGAUGGAUGGAUGGAUGGAUGGAUGGAUGGAUGGAUGGAUGGAUGGAUGGAUGGAUGGAUGGAUGGAUGGAUGGAUGGAUGGAGGUUAGCCUAUCUUCCCCACAGGCCAGCACCUCCCCACCUGGCCCUCCAUACAGGCAGUCCUAUGCCCCCCCAGCCAGGGCGAGCAGCAGUUUGUGGCCAGUGCCUGGGUGGUUGCAACACCCCCAGGGUGGGGGGGCCACGGUGACUCACCCCAUCCUGGCCACCAGUAGGAACCCUGACUCAGGGCUGCGUGCCCAUGCCAUGCUAUGCCCCUCCCUGCCUGCCUCGCCCACCUUAUCUCCCGCCCUUAGCACCUGGCACACCUGGGCCAGGGGGGACUGGCGCCAUUCCCCUCCUUUAUGGGGAACAAAGGGCAGGGGAAGGGUUGGCAGCAGGUGCCACAUCCCUCCUCCUUCCCUCCCAUCCUCCCUCCCUCCCUCUCGCAGAUGCUGUCCAGGGCUGUGCUCUCUUUUGUGUCUCCCAUUUGGGCAGCUGGUUGGCCUGGAGCAUUGGGGCAGUGUCGUGGGCAAUGCUGCUCACAACCCUGCUGCCACUGGCUCUGUGCUGCCUGCCCUCCGGGCACUGGGCAGCUCGUGUUCUCUGGCUCCUGCCCAGCACAUGGUCCACAGUGAUGGGAGAGGUGGGAUACCAUGGAGGUACACUGGCGAUGUCCCUCUGUCCACCUGCCAUCUCCACUGCCUGCCCAUGGGUUCUUGCACAACCUAGCUCUUUCCAUAAACAUUGCUGGGGCUGGGCCAGAGGCCCUUUGCUGUCCAGCUGGUGUGGGACUCUUCCCCUUUCUGCUGGCCUCCUGCUACACACAGCACCAGCAUGGUGCCUGGAGCCUAUCCAGGGCCAUGCCAGGGUGCUGCUGUGCAGGUGCCCCUGACCGGUCUGGCGUGGGUGGCCUGGGCGGGUGCUGGUGCUGGUGGUGGGGUGUGGGGUGCACUCUCCAGGCUGCUAAUUGCUGUUUAGCUGGGGACAGAGGGUGUAAUUAUGGGGGGAUUGCGUGAAUCUGCAGUCUGGAUGGGGAGCCCAUGAGUGCUCCUGCCCAGAGAGUGGAGGGGAUCAGGCAGCAUAGUCCAGCUGGGCCGUCACUGCUUCCCACAUUCCCCAUGGGACCUCAGGAGCACACUCCAAGGGCAGAGCAGAACAAGAAUCCAUAGGACUGGGGGGUGGCUCCAGGGCUGGCCGGGCAGGCUGCAGCAUGCUGCACUGAGCCCUGCCCUGCUCCCGCCAAGCGCAGGCACCCUCCCAGCUCGGCCAGGCUGGCGACGGCCAGUGGCGAGCACCCAGCGCCCUGCCUUGGGGCAGAGGAGAAGGUGAGAGCCUGUAUGAUGCCUCGGCACGGGGGAGAGGGGCAGACGGCUUGGAGACAAUGCUAGUGGCGGGGAAGGCAUACUUAUGGUACAGGGUGCCUGUGCUGGCAGUGCUGGGAAUUUUCUCCUGUGGGUGUGGGCCAGGAGAUGCGCCCUGCCUCAUUCCGGGUCGGCACCCCGCGAUGGCACAGUACCGGCCACAAAGAGUUAAUGCCGUGUGUGUUCUGGGAAGUGGGGCUGGGAGGUGCGUGACCCGGGGUGUGGGCGUCGACUCCUUUUGAGGUGGGAUCCUGAGCUCAAGUGCAACGGGGAGCGGGGCCAAGUUCACACAGCACCCUGCUUUCCCCUCCCUGCCACUCGCAGGCUGCCAGCCUGGCCGCGACGCAGCGCUGAGCCACUCCGGGACACGGGGCAGGUGAGGACGAUGGCCAGCCCAGAGGAUGACCUCAUCGGCAUCCCCUUCCCUGAGCACAGCAGCGAGCUGCUGAGCUGCCUGAACGAGCAACGGCAGCUGGGGCUGCUCUGCGACGUCACCAUCAAGACUCAGGGGCUGGAGUACCGCACCCACCGUGCUGUCCUGGCUGCCUCCAGCCGCUAUUUCAAGAAGCUUUUUGCAGGGCCGGGGCCAGGGCAGGAGGUCUGUGAGCUGGACUUUGUGGGGCCAGAGGCACUUGGUGCACUGCUGGAGUUUGCUUACACAGCCACGCUGACUAUAAGCAGCGCCAACAUGGGUGAGGUGCUGCGUGCUGCCCGGCUGCUGGAGAUCCCCUGUGUCAUCGCUGCCUGUGUGGAGAUCCUGCAGGGCAGUGGGCUGGAGGCUCCUGGCCCCGAUGAUGGCGACUGCGAACGUGCCCGCCGCUACCUGGAGGCUUUCUCCACCCUCCCCGAGGGUGAGGUGCCUGCCCCACCGCCCCCCCGCCCCACCCCCCGGCGCAGCAAGAAGACCCGCAAGUUCCUGCAAGCCCGUGGUGCCCGGCUCAACAACCAUGCCGAGGAGCCACCCACUGAGGCUGAGGGCUCUGGCAGCUCCCCGCUGCCCGCUCCAUUGCCCUCGCCCCCUCUGCCUGAGGGGCUGCCCCUGCCCUACGACAGCUUCGAGCUGCCUGAGGAGGAGGAGCUACCCCCACACCCCUUCCCCUUCCCCUACCAGCCCCCCCUGUCCCCUGAGGAGGCCGCUUCUGAUGAUGACGCCAUUGACCCCGACCUGAUGGCAUAUCUGAGCUCACUGCACCAUGAGUCGCUGGCGCCCGGGCUGGAUAGCCCCGACAAGCUGGUGCGCAAGCGCCGUUCGCAGAUGCCCCAGGAGUGCCCCGUUUGCCACAAGGUCAUCCAUGGUGCCGGCAAGCUGCCUCGCCACAUGCGCACGCACACGGGCGAGAAGCCCUUCGCUUGCCAGGUCUGCGGAGUCCGAUUCACACGGAAUGACAAACUGAAGAUCCAUAUGCGGAAGCACACAGGUGAGCGGCCCUACUCCUGCCAGCACUGCAGUGCCCGCUUCCUGCACAGCUAUGACCUGAAGAACCACAUGCACCUGCACACAGGUGCCCGGCCCUAUGAGUGCUACCUCUGCCACAAGGCCUUCGCCAAGGACGACCACCUCCAGCGGCACCUCAAGGGCCAGAACUGCCUGGAGGUGCGGACCCGCCGCCGCCGCCGCGAUGAGCCACCUCCACCACCCACUGGGCCCCCUGGCCUCGACCUCUCCAAUGGGCGUCUGGAGGGGCUGCGCCUCUCCAUUGCCCGCUACUGGGCUCCAGGGCAGCCUGAGGAAGAGGAAGAGGAGGUGGAGGGUGAGGAAGGGCCACAGCCAGAUGGUACUGUGCCGGUGGAGACGGCAUAGGGCUGAUGCUACGGCAGGUGUCGUGCUGUUCCAUGCCGAGCUGUAUCGUGCCCACUGGGGUUUCUAUUCCUGUUUUUCCUGUCACAGUUCAUUCCUAGUUAUGCAAAGGGGGAAACUCCCCUCGGCCUAUUUGCACAAGGGGGUGGGAGGCCCCUACCACCCCCCACCAUUCCCAGGCCCACCUGGUCGUGCCCAGUGGGUGAUGGGGGGAUUGGGACUUCAAAAUCCCCCCACCAAACCCCUCGUGGAUACCAGGACUGGGCAGGGGCACCCAUGGACCAAGGCCCUCCCCCAGAUGGGGAGAGCCCCCCCCAUCCUCUCCCCAGUCAUGAAGGGGGGGGCACUGCCCUGCGCUGUGCAUAGCUUGUCCCUACCUCCCCACUCCAAGCAGCCCCUCCCCGGCGAGCCCCCCUCGCCCCUGCACUCCUGGCUGCUUUUUCUUGGUUGCACUAUUUGGGUGAGCCCACCCGGGUGUGGGGCAGCCCCGGCCCCCCCCAGACCCUUCCCCCUUCCAGAAGCCCCCGGCCCUGUGGGACCCCCCUUCCCUGGGGUGGCCAGGCCCCCACGGUCACCCCUCUGUCCUUUGCACAUGCCCCCCGCAGGGCACAGCCUCCCUGGGGAUGUGGGGGACCGGCACUAUUUGUCUACGAGAAGAGUUUUAUCUAUAUUUAAAAAGAUGAUGUAAUAUAUUCCCCCCCACAGCCCCUCUGCUGCCAACCACCAGCGCUGCCCGGACUCCACAUCUGCCAUGGGAUGCCGGGAGGGGUGAUGGAGUCGGGGGGGCUCUGGUCCUAUCAUGGCUUUAAAGUGCCUUAUGGUGAACUUGAACCUUUUCGGCUACUUGAACCUCUCUGGUGUCAGGAACCAAACAAACCAUGGGCGGGCGGCCCCCGCCCCUCCAGGCCGCCUCUGCCUGUUUGUAUGUCUGUGUUUGUUGUUUUUUUUUUUAAACGAAGGCUGCUUGGUAAUAAACGGAGAAGCAGGGA